AUCCUGAAAUUUGAAAAAAAGACAAUUUUAUCAUAUUUUUUCUGGAGGAAAUUGAUAUUAGCAGCGAAAUCUAAUGGCGCUGGAGGAAGAAUCGUAUUUCAUGUGGGGGGAGAGAAGUUUGGAAGACAGUACGAACAAUAAAUCAAAGCGACGCUCAAGAUCGGAAAAAUGUAUCACCAAGUACUCGACUUGUUAUAUCAACAAUAAAUUAAUAUCAAUUGGAGAUGAUGUCAUUAUUGAUAUUGAAAAUGAAAUGGAUGCUGUGGGUCUGAUACAAGAGCUUUACAAUGAUACUUCUCAGGAAGAACCUUGUAGAGCUGUCAUUCAUUGGUACUUUAAAAAACAUGAAUUACCUACAAAAGUGCAGGAAAAAAUUGGCACAUUCCUGUCUGAAGAUUACGAGUUAUUCUGGCCGGAAGAUAAAAGUGGUAAUUUACGAGGAUGUGUUGAAGACAUUGAUGCUGAAACCAUUCGAGAAAAGUGUUGGGUGGUUUUGCUACCAUCUUGUAAAAGUAAUCACGAAACAUUUGGUGGGAAAUUUUGUAUCCGUUAUGGUUUCACUUUUGAUAAUAAAUUGAUUUCAGACUCAGAACUUUCUGUCUAUAUUUCAAAUUUUGUUAAAAAGAACAACAUGCUUUUGAGGUCCGCUUCAAAGCGUAAAGCAAGUAAGAGUAUUCCUGACGAGACUGAAGUUAAAAGCAAAUUUAAAAGAUGUUUAGCUGAUUCAAGGAAAUAUGGACAAUUUGCAACAACUGAAGUGAUUCAAAUUAUAUCAGAUGACAAUGUGUUUCAAGACGAUAAUAAAUCUGAAGCAUCUUCGCAUGUCAGCAGUAUCAAUGAGGAACAGAAUUCAGAUGGUGGUACAAAAGUGUUGAAGAGCAACAAAAGAACGUCUCGGGGAAACCGUAAGCAAUCUGAAGAGAGGUUGAAUAGAAGAUCUACAAGAAAUAAAGGCGAUAAAGCAAAUGAAAACAAGAGCAGGGAAUGUAUUGAGAUCGAAGAUGAUGAUUUUGAAGAGAAAAACAACGUCCGUAGAAGUACUAGGAAAACGCCAAAAUCAAAACCUCGAGUAACCCGGGAGACACCGAAGAAUGAAGUUAAAACACCUGGGAAAAUACCACAAAGAGAAAAGAAAACAAGUAAAAAAGAAACGCAAUCGACGCAGAAGAAAUCUAUAAGCAUCGCCACCGAAAAGAAAAACAAAAAGAAUAAAAAGAAAAAUAACAAGAGCGACAGUGAUAGUGGAGAGAAUUAUAAUCCAGCCGUAGAGGAAGAAAGUGAGACGGAAGAUGAAGAUGAAUCAGGUGGAAGUGAAGACGAAGUGUCUGAGGAAGAGGAAUAUAAUCGAAGCGAUUCUGGACGAAACUCGACAAGGAAAUCAAAGAAAACCCCGAUUCGUUCGGUUAAAAGUAGCACAACCAAGCGAAAACAACAAGCAAAUACGCCAAAAAGAAGGAAUAUGUCUUCCCCGAAAACUCCCAAAUCUAGAAGAAAAAGUCGACUGUCUUUUGCAACACCAUGUAUUCCAGUGAGGGCUAAGAGCUGUAAAACACCAGUUACACCACUAGAGAAAACUAGAGCUAGCUUACAUGUUUCAGCGGUUCCUUCAUCCCUACCAUGUCGAGAACAGCAGUUUGAGGAUAUCUGCUCCUUUGUUGAAGGAAAAUUGUCAGAUGACACAGGAGGUUGUAUGUAUAUAUCUGGCGUGCCAGGCACUGGGAAAACAGCAACAGUUCAUGAAGUCAUGCGAUCUUUGGAGGAAAUGAGAAGCAAUGAGCAGGUUGAAGAUUUCAAAUUUUACGAAAUAAAUGGCAUGAAAGUCACUCAACCUAAUCAAGUUUAUGUUAUGUUCUACAAGUUUCUAACGGCAGAAAAAGUGACUGCAGACCAUGCAUCGUCUUUGCUCGACAAGUAUUUUAACAAUUCUGCUAAAAGAAAAGAACAUAUUAUCCUGCUGGUUGACGAGCUUGAUCAACUCUGGACAAGAAAACAAGAUGUGAUGUAUCAUUUAUUUGACUGGCCGACACGUCGUCGUUCCAAAUUGAUCGUCAUUGCUAUUGCUAAUACUAUGGACUUGCCCGAGAGAAUGAUGAUUAACCGAGUGUCCAGUAGACUGGGCCUGACGCGAAUGACAUUUCAACCAUACACGUAUUCACAACUACAGGAGAUAGUGACGUCACGAAUUAGAGAAUUGGACGCUUUUGAACAAGAAGCUGCUCAACUUGUUGCAAGAAAGGUUGCUGCAUUAUCUGGAGACGCCAGAAGGUGUUUAGAUAUUUGCCGUCGUGCUGUUGAAAUCGCAGAACAAGAAGCUAUAAGUUCAAAGACGAAACAACAAUUGGUUGGCAUGCCUCAUGUUGAGAAAGCUUUGAAUGAAAUGUUUUCAUCUCCAAAAAUAUUGGCUAUGAAGAAUUUGUCCAUGAUGGAAGGAUAUUUAUUAAAAUCAGUUCUAGCAGAAUUCAGAAGAACUGGGUUGGAAGAAGCAUCGUUUUCUGGCGUUUAUUCCCAGCUGGUUGAAUUAUGCCGACUUGAAGGAGUUUCCACGCCAUUAUCAUCUCUUGCAUCAGCCAUUUGCAGUCGUCUGGGAGCCACAAGACUUCUCCUUGUCGACUCUGGAAAAUGUGACAUAAAACAACGGAUACGAUUGAACGUCAACAAGGACGAUAUUUUAUUUGCUCUCAAAGCAGCUAAGAAAGAAACCAGUAAAUGACCAUAUUAGAACACUGACUUAGAAGUAGAUUGAGAUGCUUACUCAGAUUGAAAUUUCCUGGCAAGUUCACGGAGGAGAUGUUUCAUGCCUUAUAUUCUAUUAGGUCAACAAAACAGUCAUUCGCCGUUCAUGUAUGCACCAUUGAUUUUCGUGGUGCAUGUACGUAAUUUAUUGUACAAAAUGUAUAAAUGUGAAAUUUGUAAUAUUAUAUACAGACUAGCUAUAUACAGAAGUGGAUGCGCCUUUGUGAAUAUUAGAUGAGAUGAUACAAAACUAAACUGAAGUUUCAACGAAGGUUUCCAUUCAGAGGCAUGUUAUUUCCCAAACUUAACUAGAGUUCCACAAACUAACAAUCUCUUGUGAACAGUAUUUUUGAAA